CCCUGAAGCAAAAGGUGUGUAAAGCAAAUGUAAAAUUUAGUGCAGUAGUAAUAUUGAUGGGCUGCUGCUGUUGCUGUUGCUGUUGCAAAGUUUCUAGCUUUUCAUCUUCGGCUUAUAAUUAUGGCUAAGCCUAAUGUUUGCUGCUCCAUUGAAUUGGAGCCCAAAACCUUGAACCAAGGCCAACUCCACCAGGCUAGGGAAGUGGCUGCUGAUGUUGUUCAGAAACUGGAACCCAGUGAAGCCUCUCUUGUAUUGAUUGAUAUCGUGGAAAGAUUCAAAACGAUGAACUAUAUGUUGGAAGGAGAAGGAGACUCACAACCGUCACUGCCACCACCGCCGUCACUGCCAUCACUGGGAGAUAUUAAGGAAGAAAGAGGAAGAUGUCAGUGCUUUUACGUUUCUACUGAAUCCCCAAAUCAACUGCAGUUGGUCAAAGAACCCCUUUCAGCUCCAUUUUGAAGCUUUUACCCUUCUUUAGAUCUUAAAAGCUUUUUUUUUUUUUGAAGUAUUUGGAGGAUCAUUUAUAUAAGUUGUAAUGAAUAAUUUUCAAUUUAUUAACUAUCACUCAUAAGUGAUAACAAAAACAAGGCAUGAAAUUGAAAAUGAUGAAAUUUUGGAAGAAGUCUGACCCAAA